AUGUCGAGCAAGACAUGUAAAUGUGGUGGAACUGAGAUCGAUACCGAUCCAGUGCGAGGUAUUGUAUGUAUGCAAUGUGGUGACGUUAUUGAAGAUAUGACGAUUGCUGGUGACGUUGAAAUAAUUGAGACAAAUGGUGGCGGACGACAAGUUGUAGGACAAUAUGUAUCAAAUCAUGAGUCCUACAGUACAAGUGGCGGCGGUAUGAUGAAUCAUACUAUUCGAGAAUCAAGACAAAUAACAUUGUAUAAAGCUCGUCGUGGUAUAACGGACAUAGCAAGUAAUAUGCGUAUGAAUCAUCAAUGUAUUGAUAGAGCAUUCAAUAUUUACAAAAUGGCACUUGAUCAAGGAUUAUCUCGUGGAAAUAAAUCUAGUCAUUUACUUGCCUCUUGUUUAUAUAUUAUUUGUCGAACAGAAGGUACUCAACAUAUUUUACUUGAUUUCUGUGAUCAUGUCGAUGCGGAUAUUAGUGUAUUGGCACGAAUUUAUUUACGAAUAGCACAUGCAUUACAUCUUAAUGUUCCACAUACAGAUCCUUCACUUCUUAUACCACGUUAUGCAGCUAAACUUGAUUUUGGCGAUCGAACAAAUGCUGUAUCGAAUACAGCUUUACGUAUUGUUCAACGUAUGAAACGCGAUUGGCUUAAUAUUGGUCGACGUUCAUCAGGUCUUUGCGGUUCAGCAUUAUUAUUUGCUGCGCGCAUGCAUAAUUUCAAUCGUACCAUUCAACAAAUAGUCGAUGUUGUUAAAAUAUCAAAAGCAACAAUAAUAAGACGUUUACAAGAAUUUGAAACAACACCAACAGCACAAUUAAAUAUGAAAGAAUUCAAUACCAUUGAACUAGAAGAAGAACAAGAUCCACCGGCUUUUUCUAAAGCUAAACGUAUGACAAAACUUGCUCAAUAUGAAGAAUCAUUUAAUAUUGAACAAAUUGAACGUGAAAUCAUUGAUACACAAAAAGAAAUCGAUGAACAAUUAGAAAAGUUAUCUAAGCCACGUGGCCAAUUAGCAAAAUAUGCAAAAUAUGUUGAUUUAGAAAAAAAUAUUCUCGGCGCUGAAGAAGAUGAGUUAAUACAGAAAGUUUUAACAAAUAAAACAGCAAAACGAAAACAUUCAACUGAUGGCGAUGAUGAUAUUUUAUCAACAACGAUGACAACUGAAAAAGAAUCAGCACCUAUCGAUGAGAAUGAUAUGAAAUGGGCUGCUAAUUAUAUUGAAGAACAACAAACACAAUUAAUUCUUUCGUUAUUCGAUGAUAAUGCGGGAAAACCAGUGGUUAACAACGAUGAUGAUAAUGAAGAACAGGAUGAGGAAGAUGAUUUUAAAUCUUUUCGACCGUCUUUACAAACGAUGGGUAUUGAACCAGUAACAGCAUCUUUAAAUUAUCCCAAAGAUAAUCUUAAUGCAACAACAUCAAAUGUACAUCAUCAACAUCAAGUUGUGCUUGAUCUUCCUGAAUGGCGUCCAACAAUAGAUCUAUCGAAUGAUGAACUUGAUUUGACCGGUAUCGAUGAUAAUGAAAUUGAUGAAAUGAUUCUAACACGUGAUGAAACAAAAUUGAAAUUGAAAUCGUGGUUACGUGAAAAUAAAGAUUGGUUCUUAGAAGAAAAACGACGUCAACGCAAUAAAGAAGCUGCUGAACAAAAGAAAAAUGGCUCCAAUAGUAUGACAGCAGCCCAAAGACGCAAACGUAAGAAGAAAGCAGCCGCAGCGGCAGCAAGUGAACUAAAUAAAUUAGCAAAUACUGCUACUAGUCAUCAUCAGUUAGCUGGUUUUAAUUCAUUGACACCAGCUGGCUUAGCUGCUGCUGCUCAUUUAGCAAUUGAAGCUGAGAAAAAUUCACAAGAUAAACGUUUAUCAAGUAAAAUAAAUUAUGAUGUAUUGAAGAAAUUAACAAUGAAAAAAGAUGGAGCAGGACAAACGCCAUCAUCGCCAGCUAUGACGAAUACCAAUGAAGCCGAAAGAACUACUUGA